UUUGGCCGCAUACAUAGCAAAAACGAAGUACAGUGCAUUGCUAUAAUUCAUUAAUACAUCAUAAAUCGUGAAGCACCGCGUUAUAACGACCAAGAUCUACAAAUCAAGCCCACUAAAAUACCCUAAAUGAGCUCUUACUUUGUAAACUCGUUCUCAGGGCGCUAUCCAAAUGGCCCCGACUAUCAGUUGCUAAAUUAUGGAACUAGCAGCAGCGCUAUGAACGGCUCGUACAGGGAUUCCGGCACCAUGCAUUCGGGUUCUUACAGCUACAACUACAAUGGGAUGGACCUAAGCGUCAAUCGCCCCUCUACCACCGGGCACUUUGGAGCAGUUGGGAAUAACUCCCGGGGUUUCCAGGCUCCAGCCCGGGAGACGCGUUUCAGACAGCCGUCUAGUUGCUCGCUGGCGUCUCCGGAGUCCCUGCCUUGCUCCAACAGCGAGACUCUGGGACCCAAAAGCUCCUCGCCCCCUUCCGACCAGAGCGCUACCACCACGAGCAGUAGCCUCACCAACACCAACAGCACACAUUUCACAGAAUUAGACGAGACCAGCGCCUCUUCCGAGACCGAGGACGGGAACCUCCGAGUGAGCAACCCCGCGCCCCGGACGCAGCAGCAACAGCAGCAAGAGUCGACGGCAACCUCCACCACUACAGCAUCAACCGAAGGGCAGGCGCCACAAAUAUUCCCCUGGAUGCGGAAACUACAUAUUAGCCAUGAUAUGACUGGACCAGACGGGAAACGAGCCAGAACCGCAUACACCCGCUACCAGACGCUAGAGCUGGAAAAAGAAUUCCAUUUCAAUAGGUAUCUAACCCGGAGGAGGAGAAUAGAGAUAGCCCACGCGCUGUGUCUCUCGGAACGGCAAAUUAAGAUCUGGUUCCAGAACCGCAGGAUGAAAUGGAAGAAGGACAAUAAACUGAAAAGUAUGAGUCUCGCGACUGCAGGUAGCGCUUUCCAGCCAUAACACUCUCUCGUGUUAUAAAAUAUGCGGAAUAAAAAAAGAGAGAGAAUGAAUUAAGAAGUAGGACAAGAUGACAUUAUUCCUAAAGUACUGUACAGUGCGGCACCUUUCGGCAUGUUGAUGUUUUAGACAACUUACAAUAUUACUGUGGUACUGAUAAUACAAACUUGUGUUGAGCUGUUGUUUUAUUAAUACUGUAGUAAUUAUUAUUUGAGGAAAAAAACUAUCCAGUGUCCGUUGUUGUUGUUAUAAAUAUCGUUUAGGUGUCAAGUGCUAUGUUGAUGCUUUCCAGACAGUUAGCAUGUGAGCUCUUAAAUGUCAUAACUUAUUUACAAUCUGUAACAAGUGUGUAGAUUUGAGUUUAAAACACAGAGGCUCCUCUGCCAAAAUAAAAAAAAAAAAAAAAAAGUGAGAAAUUUAAAUAAGAUACACAGGCUGCUAUUAUCGACCCCAGAGUCUCUGUGUCCCCCAUCCUUACUCAAAUCAUAGCGAUACUUAUUUGGGUUGUUCCUGUGUUCAGUUCCUUUAUUUAUUUUAUUAUACAUAUUUUUAAAUGAUAGCCGAAAAUAAAUCAAGAUUAGAUUAUCCUGUCUCCAUUCACACGUGUGUAUAAUUAUUUUCCAAACUGUAACUGUAUAUUCGUUCUUAGAAAGGAUGUAUAUAUUUGACAUUUUUAAUGUGACUAAUAGGCUAUUUGUAGUAGGCAGAGUUAGUGACAUGCGCUCUGUGAAAAAAGCAAUUGUCAUGUCCAACUGCCUGUAAGCAUUUCGCCAAUAAGCUUUUUGUAUUUGUUUGUAGCUUAACUUGGAGUAAAAAAAAUAAAUAAAGUUUCUCUAAAUCAGACCAAAUGUUUCAAGCACGCUGGUUGUAUUUAUGAGACGCCAAUUCAUGAAAAAUCAUUGCCUCUUUCAGGAGUUAACCGCACCAAAAUGCCAGCCACGUUACCGUCUAAUAUAAAUGGCAAUAUGCAAUCGACCAUUUUUAUUUUCAAAAAUUAACCAGAAAUCAAAGAUAGCAAAACGUUUCAACUACUAAGUUGUGCGUUUUGUUAACCCACCAAAUUUGUCAGCUUUACCGACAACUUGGAAAAAUAUUUUUAAUGGCAUCUACUAUGCCCAAUAUAAUUUCGAAUGUUGGCCAACUACUGCAUUAUUAAGUAAAGUUCCGUCAUAUGAUGUAAUCCUCGUACAUACCCAAUGGCGUACCUUGCCAGCCUACAACGUCAAGUUAGAAGACGCACUCCUAUCCCAGUUUAGUUAAACAAUUCUCUUAUAUCUAAAACAAACUAUAAUGGUUCAGUUUUGUAACUGAUUUUACAGAUAGGAAACACAACCCCUCCCGCACUAUCUAGCAGGCUUCCCGUUCAACAAACAAACAAUGAACUUUUAAACUCACCGUUAAAUCCACGUCGUUAUGCUACUUCUGACGCUACUUUUGAGAGAUGAGAAGAGUUCCGGCCAAUAAGCCUUCUGCCUUGCCUUGCCAGGCGGCCUACGUUUGUAAAUUUAGCUUUACCCACUGCCAAACUACACCAAAAGUAGCUAUGACAUUUACAUGUCAAAUGUAUGAGGGUUUUAUCUUGAAGUUAGAUCGUAAAAAUCUCCCAGGCCAUAGACAGAUAGCCCUUACUGGUUCUCAAAAGUCACGUGGGGUCCAUAAAGUUAGUUUUAUGGUUUUGGGGAGUUGACAAUGUACUAUAUAUUUCACAUUCUAGAAUACAAGUGACGGUUUAACUGCUUCGAAGGGAUUCUAAAGGGUCAGUAACGAGAGAGAACACUGCUAAGCCAGUUCUGAACCGUUGCCUCGAUGCCUGGCUACGUCUACUCUCUGGGUCUGACAAUGCGGGUUUUCAGAGCCGGAAAAGCAGGCGCGAGACUGGAUCAGCACUCAGUAAGUGGGCUACGUUUGUUACAUUCUGUACGCAGUGUGGUAACUAACUCGUGCGAGUUACUGAGGGAUGGAGUGAAGAUGGGUCCUAUUUAAUUAAUUUGGAAUCUCCUACCGUCCAGUAGUUUUAUUGUGGUGGUGAGCCCUUCGACUUAAGUUCAUUUAAGGAUUUCAAUUAUGUAUCGCGUAUGCGAAGGCCGCGCGAGGAUUACAUGUGAAGUCUGUGUGAACGGCGUGCUUGUUGUGUUAUACGUGUGCAUGUACAAAACAUAACCUAUUCUUCUUUGUGAAAACAUAAAAAUGAGCAUAUUUAAUAUAUAGGCUAUGUGCCUUUGUUUUUUCUGGUCUUUGUAAUCAGUGUAUUCAUAUCUGAUUGUGUGCUGUUACAAACAGAUGUACAUGUAAUGUACUGUAACUUGCAAUUUGGAUAAUAGUGGAUAAAUGUAUUGAAAUUGUAUUAAACAAUAAGUGAAAUAUCCAAA